UCAUAUAGUAGCAAUAGGAGCUGCAGUAGUGUAGUUAUACAGCACGAUGGUGGUUGCGUUGCGGAUUGUUUGUGUUUUAGCAGUUUUCUGUGGAGCCCUGCAGGCCGCUCCAACGGUCACGUACGACCAGAGGCAACAUGGUGAAUUCAAUUUGCAGGUGGAUGUAGACGAUGUCGCUAUAGUAUUGUUGGCGAGCGACGAGCUCGCCCAAAGAGGUAUACUGCAGAAUAGCAAUAAAAUGUAUCAAAUAUUAGGGCGCCGCAACGGCGUCAAAUUGAAAAAAAAGCAUCAAAAGAAACCGGUGAACUGCAUGACAACAACGGUUAACCCAGAAGUGCCCUACAGCGAAUUACCGUCGUCAACAUCAUAUCUUCUGACAUCAUCACAGGGAUACGAUGAAUUGUACUCAACGUCGACUUCGAGCCAAGAAAAAUUACAGGAUAUAAUACCCGCGGCUGCUGCGUCACUCGUGUUUGAAACAAAUGUUCCGACCGCUCUCGAUAGUUUAAACACCACAAGUAGCGACUCAUAUUCUACAGUUAUAACACCAACUCCGUUUGUUAACUCGUCUGAAAUAGAACCUCUAAAAACCAUAGAAAAACCUACAGUAGUAGGUGGUGCCGUUGAAACCAAUAAUAAUACAGAAAUGGUUGCGAUACAAACAAUAGAAAAAUCUACAAAUGUAACAAGCUUGCAGGCAUCAGACAUUUCAAAAGGUUCGAAGACUGACGUUAAAACAAUUGGUGCACUUUCAACAAAUUUUGAAGAAAAUCCUGUAAGCGUAUCAUCCGAUGUAAAAAUAGUAGACAAAAUUACUAAUGACAAAAUUAUUAAAGUCGACGAUACCCCGGCAAAGGAUUCGAACACUGAAGAUAAAUCAAAUGAAAUGACUACUGUAAGAAUAUUAGAAACUAUAGAAAUCAAGGAAGUAAAACCCGCCGAGAUGAUCGUUAUAAAAACUAUGAAAAAAUCUACGAACGGCGGUCCGAUACCCGAAGAGUUCGUUGACGAAUCUGUAGUGGACGCAUCGCGUGUAAAUGUUUUGGAAACGCAAGUAAAUACAAAAAUAACUAGUGAACCUACAGAAAUGAUUGCCAUGAAAACUAUAGAAAAACCAACAUUUUCCGAAGUCUUAAAGGUCGUAAAAAACCCUAUGAAUGCGGCCGAUGCAGUUAAAUCUGCAGAUACCCAAGCUAAUAAAACGACUUCGGUAGAUUUGAAUAAAAGUCCUGUAGAAUUAGUCGCUAUGAAAACAAUGGAAAGCCCACAUACUACUGUAAGGACAACAACUUCUAUAGAAAAGUCUGGAAUUACAAUAAGUACUAAGGUAGUGGAGAUACAAGAAGACACAAAAAUGCCUUCAGUAGAAAAUAUAGUCUCAAGGUCUGCUCCAAAACAAACGGAAAUGAUCGCCAUGAAGCCAGUAGAAAAUUCGGCGACGGUAAAAAGUGUAAUUUCCGUAAAAACUGUGAUCAAACCUGGAAUUCAAAAGUCAACACUGUCAUCAAACAGUUCCUUGAUCAUGCGUAAGGUAGGCGAUCGUAAACCGUUGCCCACAAUCACAUUAGAAGUGGCAACUCCAAAAGUAUUGUAGGUAAAAUGCUUGAUGAUAAUUGUAAGAUUUUUAAAAUAUUGAAGAUGUUUUUGUCACUUUAGAACAGCGUUUAAAUAUAAUUAUAUUUAAAUAAUGUUUAUCUUUUAAGCGUUAACCUAGUAUAAAUCAAUACCUGGAUGGCCAGAUAAUGCAAUCUAAAGACUUAUUAAUUAUUAUAUUUUAAAAAUCAAAACCCGUUUUUAUGAGCUUUAAAUAUUUAUAAAAAUUAUUCGAUGUUAUACCAUUGUAAAUUGUAAUUGUUUAUUUAUUUAAAUAAUACAAAUUUAAAUUUAAAAAAAAAUCUAUUAUUGUUUUUAUGUAAAUAUAUAAUAUUUUAUAGUAUUAAUUAAUAAAAUAAUAGGCAAUUUAAGAUAAUUGUAUAUUUAUUAUAGGACAUAAUAUCUUAAAAUAUAAUGAUAUGUUUACAUUAUUCAUUGAUACAAUCGUUUUGGCUAACCUAAACUAUUAUUUUUAGUCGAAAACGAUAAUUAUCCAAAAACUCCAAAUGUAUAAGAAUAAAAAUUAAUCUUUAUAUAUUUAUUUAUAAUUAAUAUUUAUUAUUUACCUUCUAAAUUAUAACUUAUUACCUAGUUUAUAAAAAUAUUUAUGUACCUAGUUUUAAUGAUUAUAACUUAUAAGUUUUAAAUUUUAAGCAUACUAAAAUUAAUAGUCCUUUUUUGUUAUUCUAUUUCAUACAAAAUACAAAUUAUUUUCAAAACACUAAAUACCAACUGAAAUAUAAUAAAUAUUUUUCAUAUUUCGAA